AUAUAACACGUAGCCGUUGAGUCCGCUCCUGCUAUUCCAGCGCGUCCAGCUCCCGCUUCCCUUUCGGGUCGCCUUCGUGUGCCAUGGACGGAUGGGAUAUUUCCAGCCCUACGCAGAGAUGCUGGGGAUUGAUCCUGGGACCUUCUGCACGUGAAGCAGACACUUUACUGUUGAGCAAUGGCCCUGCCCAAAACCAGGCAGAAAGCAUUGUCCAAGAUAUAACAGUUGGUACAAAGCGGGGAUCUGACGAACUUUUCUCUACUUGUGUCACUAACGGACCUUUUAUCAUGAGCAGCAACUCUGCUUCUGCAGGCAUGCUGCUAGGAUCACUACACAGGGUGCUUCUUGACAGCUGGGAACUGAAUGAUGCCUCUUUAUUCGGGGCCAAUGGAAAUGACAGCAAAAAAUUCAAAGGCGACAGCAGAACUGCAGGAAUCCCAUCGCGAGUAAUCCACAUCCGCAAGCUGCCCAGCGACGUCACAGAAGCCGAAGUUAUUUCCUUGGGGCUACCUUUUGGCAAGGUCACUAACCUACUGAUGUUGAAAGGGAAGAAUCAGGCUUUCAUAGAAAUGAACACGGAGGAAGCGGCUAACACCAUGGUUAGCUACUACACCACAGUAACUCCUGUCCUUAGGAGCCAGGCCAUCUACAUCCAGUUCUCCAACCACAAAGAGCUGAAGACGGACAACUCUCCAAACCAGGCGCGCGCUCAGGCAGCCCUGCAAGCGGUGAACUCCGUGCAGUCUGGGAACCUCGCGCUGUCUGCCACCGCUGCAGCUGUGGAUGCUGGGAUGGCCAUGGCUGGGCAGAGCCCAGUCCUGAGGAUCAUUGUGGAAAACCUCUUUUAUCCCGUCACCCUGGAUGUCUUGCAUCAGAUUUUCUCCAAGUUUGGCACCGUGCUGAAAAUAAUCACCUUCACAAAGAACAACCAGUUCCAGGCGCUUUUGCAGUAUGCAGACCCGAUGAGCGCCCAGCACGCCAAAUUGUCUCUCGACGGACAAAACAUCUACAACGCCUGCUGCACACUCCGCAUUGACUUCUCAAAGCUCACCAGCCUCAAUGUGAAAUACAACAACGACAAGAGCAGGGACUAUACCCGGCCAGAUCUGCCUUCUGGAGACAGCCAGCCCUCCCUCGAUCAGACCAUGGCAGCUGCUUUUGGUGCUCCAGGGAUCAUUUCUGCCUCUCCUUAUACAGGAGCCGGCUUCCCGCCCGCUUUUGCGAUUCCUCAAGCAGGCCUCUCAGUCCCCAAUGUACACGGAGCUCUUGCUCCUUUGGGUAUCCCGUCAGCAGCGGCCGCCGCGGCAGCCGCAGGACGGAUUGCAAUUCCCGGCCUUUCCGGGGCCGGGAACUCCGUCCUGCUGGUUAGCAAUUUGAACGCCGAGAGAGUUACACCCCAAUGCCUCUUUAUUCUUUUCGGGGUAUAUGGUGAUGUGCAAAGAGUGAAGAUCUUGUUCAAUAAGAAAGAGAACGCCUUGGUUCAAAUGGCAGAUGGCAAUCAAGCCCAGCUGGCCAUGAGCCACCUCAAUGGUCAAAAGCUUCACGGAAAGCCCAUCCGCAUCACUCUGUCGAAGCACCAGACAGUGCAGUUGCCCCGCGAAGGGCAGGAAGACCAGGGGCUGACCAAGGACUACGGCAACUCUCCCCUACACCGUUUCAAGAAGCCAGGCUCCAAGAACUUCCAGAACAUUUUCCCCCCUUCCGCCACUCUCCACCUCUCCAAUAUUCCGCCUUCGAUAAUCGAAGACGACCUCAAGCUGCUGUUCUCCAGUAAUGGCGGGAUGGUGAAAGGCUUCAAAUUCUUCCAGAAAGACCGCAAGAUGGCUCUCAUCCAAAUGAGCUCCGUGGACGAGGCCAUCCAGUCGCUCAUCGACCUCCACAACCACGACCUCGGCGAGAACCACCACUUGCGCGUCUCCUUCUCAAAGUCCACCAUCUAGGCGGUUUUUGGAGACGCGCGUGCGGCAGAAUAUGGACCCUGACUGAGAAACAAAACAUAACAAAAGCCACCGCCGUCGCCACCCUUCCUUGUGGCCCUGGCCUCGGCCUCUUCUUUUCCAAGGGCUGGGCCACCGGCAUGGGGGUGGGACAACUUCCGUCAUUCCAGAAACAAAAAGAAGCCACUUUAAAAAAGAGAGAGAGAGAUUGCAGCUGAAGUGACCUUAAAAAGACAACAGAUUUUAUUUUUUUAAAGAUGAAAGAAACAGUUUACUGGGCGUUCCUUUUUAUAAAAAGAAAAUGCAGAUUCUUAAUUCAUGUCACUAUAACCUUUCUUGCAGUGAGUGGGGUUGACUAUAUAUUUGACCAAGAAAAAACAACAACGCAACAACCAUAAACGUAGAAGUUUACAGUUCUUGGUUGGAAGCCUCUCCGGGAGUUUCUCCCCUUACGGAAAUAUCGAAAACCCACCCAUUCCCAGAAAGCUUACCAGCUUCACAGCAAUGCCUUUUAUCUCGAGUCUGACCCUUUCUUCAAUAAUUUUUUCCUGAACACAGAUGCCUUCCUUUGGGGGGGGAGCCCUUUCCCCCAAGCCUUGCAUCGAGCAUCUUGUGCCUUAGAAGCUUUUUCUGUAAAAGUAAAAGGAGGGGGGCUGGGACAGCAGCCAUUGGGAAAAUUCUUAAGAGUUGCGAGGGGGUGGGCGGGCAGAGAAAGCAUUACCUUCCUUUAAUAUAUAUCUGCAUAAAACUUAUAUUAACUUGCAGAUUGAGUCGGGUUUCCUCCAGCCCGCAAAGUUCACAAAAUCGGGCCAAUAAUGUAUUUGUGCUUGAAGGGCGGGGGGGCAAAUGUCCUUCGCCCCGUCAAGUCAGCGUUUCAGUGAAAAGGGAGUUCCCCUUUUCGCAUUAAGUAUUCCCCAAGCUGCAGACACUAAAUUUGUUAAACUAGAGCAGCCAGCUUCUCCAAAUCUGUGUUCAGAAUCUUAAUUUUGGGCUCGUCCUGAAAGGGUCGGUUUAAGAUUCUUUUGUAACCGCCGCCGCCCCUUCCCUGAUUUUGCUCUUUAACCACCAGCAUAUAUCUCCGAUCUCAAACUAGUAGUUUCAGCUUCUUGUUUUAACCUCUUUCUUACUAUAAUUUUGUUUUACAAUGCAGUCUUACCUUUGCCUAGCAAUAUUUCCAGAUGACCAAAUAUUCUAAUUAAUUCAUACGUAUAUAUCUAUAUAUGCAAAAUGCAAUAGCAUAACUUUUUUUUAUAUAGAUGGUAUAAAUAUAUCUAAGCCUGCUCUUUCUAUUACCCAUGUAUCCUGUACUCUUGUAAUUUUUUUCUUCUUCAUUUGUAAGCUGGAAAAAAAACAACCUAGCACAUAAUUUUAGUUUUAUCAAGAUGAAGUCAUUUCCGAAGAUGUAACGUCGUACUUUGAAGAAGUAUUUAAAGUAGCGAAUUCCAGUUGCUUCAAGAGGAGGAAAGGACCCACAUUUAAAAGGAGUCAUCUUACUGUAAUAAUCCAAGCUUAUCUAUCUUAUUUAAAGAAAUGCAAGUAGUUUUUCUUCCUCUCCGCCAAGAUAGUACCUAAAAACACAAUUCUUCUGUGACCUCCAACUUUCCCCUGUUGAUAUAUGCCUUCUUUAUAUUCCAAUGUUGCCUUAAAUUUCCCUCUCGACUCAUGUGAGAUUUUAAGAUAACCAGAAUCUUUGUACUUAAUAUCAGGGUUAUAGUUCCUCAAAUUGUGGACCAAAGUUGUUGUUCGUUUUUUCUCUUCGACGUAUGGGGUGUUGUCUCUCAACUCACCCGUGUUUCCUGCUUCGCGGAAUCUGUUUAAUGACUUGCUUUUUCCCCCCUCUUGUCACUGUGGAUUUUGGAAAGAGAGAGAAAAGUCUUAAAUCUUUUUUUUAAAAAAACUAUAUAUCCAUCCCAGUGUCACAGGGAUGCAAUCUAUGCUGGAGGUGUGUAUGCAUGUCUUUUGAGUCAGGAUUUGUCCUUGGGUCGCCUGCGUAAAGGGGGGGGGGGGAGAGCCUCUCGGCCAGCAGUCCUCCCCGGGGCUCGCAAUAACGCUAUCCCGGAAAGCAAAAAAAGGCAUCUGCAGAAGUGAGGGCCAAUCCGAAACAGUCGGGCAGCCCUCCCUUUUCUCGGCUGACCCCGUGCGCGUCGCCUUCUGCGGGGCCGCUUGAUUUCAUGGGCCAUGUGGGCGGCCGUCUCCCCUGCCUGCUUGCCCCCCCCCCCCGAUCCGUAGCUGGUGCUGAGGGCUUGGGUUGCCGAGCGGGGUGAGAGCGAGGCCCGGCGUUCCCCACCCAGCGGCCUUCCUAGCAAGGUCGACGGCUGCUCUCCGGGUGGAGAAAUGGAGCGGCGGCUCGCUCAACUCGACGUGGAGGUCUGUUGCUGCGUGCCCCCCCCCAUGGGUUGAUUUAGGAAAAGGGGGCCACAUUGGACCAUGCGGCAAGACACCACCCCCCCAGCGGCGCCCAGCAAAAGUACCACUUUAAAUGGUUUCAAGCGUAGUUUUUAUAUUUUAAAGCGUGCUUUGUGUAUCUCCUCUUGGGGGGGCUGCUCGGACAUCACAACCCCUCUCCCUGCUGACGUGUUUGUUUUUUUGUUUGUUUUUUAAGGAAUAGCUUGAGAAUCAGUCAGCAAACCUUUGAGGACUUCUAUUUCCGUGUGUGUUAAUUUGGUAUGUUUUCAGACGCACACAGGCAUAUAGCAGUUUAAAUGGGUUGGGGGGGAGAGGGGUUUCAUCUUUCCUUUUUUCUGGGUUCUCCCCCCCCCCUUUUCUCCUUUUCGAUCCUGUGUUUUUUUGCAUGUAAAUGUGAGUAAUGAGAAAAAAAGGUGUAAAUAUUUAUAAUUUUUUAUACCUGUUGUAAGACAUGAGGGGGCAGCAGAACCCAAGUUUUUUGGUAAAACAGAUGUAUUGUAUAUUUUGAUAACCAGCUUAUUACAGGUUCAGUAUUGGGGGCUGGGGGCGGGGAAGGCUUACCAUUCGCGUCAAAUUCCAUUGCCUGGCUCACGAGGGAAAAAAAUGUAAUGCAAAAAAAGAAAAAAAAGAAAUUAAAACUAUUCUAUACUGAACGUAGUACCUUUUCUUCUGUAGCCCAUUACUUAUUUUUCUUGUUUGGAUUGUAGAAAGCAGUCGAUUGGCUUAUCUGUACUUCUUUUUAUUUUGGCUCUCAAUAAAUGUCUUCUGUAUUCUUUG